GCUUGUGAUUUUGGCGCUGAUCAGAGACACAGGGCCUGAAGCAGGGAGCUUUUGUUACAGCUAGAGGGAGAGAGGGAGGCAGUAACGUUAAAAUACAUGGGAGCAAGAUUUCUUUAAAUUUCACACCAACGUUAGGACAAAAUAUAAAAACCCUCAAACGUUUCCAUAUAAAGAAAUACCGGCCAUGGGAACUGAACGCUGACCGCGAAUUACACCCUCUCUCUUUUUUUAAUGAAUAAAUUGGAGUUGGCCAAAGAAGAGGCCUGUACUUUAGCGAGCUAGCUGGUGUUUUGCACGCUUUUGUUGUAGCUAGCUGUCUUUUUAAAGUGUCGCAUCGGGAGGCUCUCAUAUUGGCCGUUUGUUUAGAAUGGAAGUCGCCGAAGGCCCUGAAAGAAAAAGGGAAAGUUAAGGAUGCCGCAGCAGAACAAUGGAUUUCUCCUUCUCUUUCAUGCAAGGGAUCAUGGGAAACACAAUUCAACAACCACCUCAGCUCAUUGACUCGGCCAACAUUCGGCAGGAGGAUACGUACGAUGCCAGCAGCAACCUGGGCGAGAAUGGAGGCCGUUCAACUUAUGAUUCAGCCCUAGAGUCUGGCUUUUGCUACCCUCCCUCGGCCCCUGAAGACCAGCCAGGUGUCACAAAUGGCUACCUGCCUACAAUGGGCCUGUAUGAGUCCCAGACCAAAUAUGGCGUGUACUCGCAGUUCCCCAAUGGCUCCGCUAAUGGCUACAGUGCUAUCCGUAACUAUGGAGAUCACUACCUUGUGCCUGGGGAAGGUAUUGUACUGAGAGCCCCCGUUGUCCAUGAGAAACCUCCACCAUCGUCCUCACCAGUUUCCCAUCCACACCAUCACCAUCAACAACAGAAUCAUCUUCAGAGUACCAACAGUCCCCUACCUUUGCACACACAGCAUCACCCUCUUCCACCUCAUCUCAUGCCUCAUGUUGUGCCUCCACCUGUAGUCCCGCCCAACUCCCCUCCAGCCGCCUCGCUAUUGAACAGGACACCACCACACCCCUUAGCUGCUGUACCACCGCCAUCCAACCUGUCCAAGAAGACUGGAUCCCCUGAGAUCAAACUGAAGAUCAUCAAGACGUACCAUAAUGGUCGGGAGCUGUUUGAGUCAGCGCUUUGUGGCGAUCUGCUGCACGAGGUCCAAACCGGCGAGACGUCUCGCCGCCGACAUGAGCACAAGAAGGAAAAGAGGAAAAAGAACAGCGACCAUCACAGCCAGAACACGGAGCCAGAGCUGCAGAAGCUGGAGCAGCCUCAAGGUAUCUCCUCUGUUCACCUGGGGGAGGCAGUGUUGCGGGGACCACAGCCGUGUGAACGGAGGGAGGAGCUGGAUACACCCAGGAACUGCAAAGGCUCCGACGUGGAAGCAAGGGAUCCAAAAGAGUACUUUUCUGCGGUACCAGUUACCACUGGUGAUUUUAAAGACCAUGGGGUCGGGGACCUGGUAUGGGCUAAGGUGGGGACGUACCCUUGGUGGCCUUGCAUGGUGUCCCGUGACCCUCAAUCCAAAGUUCACACCCGGAUAAACACCAGAGGUCACCAGGAAUACCACGUCCAGUUCUUUGGCAGCGUGCCGGAGAGGGCAUGGAUCCAUGAGAAGAGGGUGGUGGUGUACCAGGGUCAGCAUCAGUUUGACGAGCUGCAGGCGGAGACCCUGCGAAAAACCUCCAAUCCUGUGGAAAGGCACAAGCUGUUGAAGCCCAUUCCUCAAAGGGAGCGUGCUCAGUGGGAAGUGGGCGUCGGCCACGUGGAGGAUGCCUUUCUGAUGACACGGGAGGAGCGCAUAGAGAAUUAUACAUUCAUAUAUGUGGAUGAGGUGCCCAGCGGCUCACCGCCUCGGGCCGCCAAGGUGGGAAAGAAGGCACGGCGAUCCCGCGGUGGUGGGCGGGAGGAGAACUCCGGCUCCCCAGAAGGAGAGCAGCGUUCCACCCGGCACCAGCCCCGCCGGCAGUCCAGCCAUGGCAGUACCAAGGGGCCCGAGGAAGAGGAAGAUGAGGAGGAGGAGGAGGAGGAGGAGGGGGAUGAGCAGAACCGACAGUUUCCGGUCCCAAGUGAACCCACGGAAGCCCACCAGCAGUCUCCUCCAGUGAAGACGACCUGGAAGACGGCAGCGGCACGCAAGCUGCUCCCUCUUUCCGUCACGAUGAAGAAGCUCAAUGUGGAGAUGAUAAAGUGUGAGUGGCCCUCGUCCAGGGAGCAGGCCCUCUCCCCGAGGAGAAUGGAGGUGGAAGGCUGGCAGGACUGUGGCAGUAAACCAGAGCUGAGCUCCAGAGAGCAGGAGCGACUGUUUGGCCCCUUCGGCCGGAGGAGUGAGUCCAGCUUUAUGCAGCAUGCGCUGAUUGAGGCCCCAGCAGGGCCGGUGGAGCGCAAGCAGCAGCGCAGAUCGGUGCGGAGCCGCUCGGAGUCUGAGAAAGGUGCAGAACCUAUCCCCAAGAAGAAGCUGAAGAAGGAGCAGUCAGAAAUGGUUCCACAAACAGCUUUGAAGACUGGGUCUCAAAAAGGGGCCAGCGAGAUCUCUGACUCCUGCAAACCCUUGAAGAAGCGGAGUCGGGCCUCCACCGACGUGGAAACGGCCAGUUCCCAGUACCGCGACACCUCUGACUCCGACUCAAGGGGCCUCAGCGACCCACAGGUACUCUUCGGGAAGGGUGCGGACAGUCCCAUGGCUGCAGAUGCCUCAGACACGCAGUCCGUGGACUCCAGCUUGUCCCGGCAAGGUGGCGUUGCCUCCAAGAAGGACACGGUGUGCCAGAUCUGCGAGUGCUAUGGGGAUGCCCUGGUGAGCUGUGAAGGUGAGUGCUGCAGGCUCUUCCAUCUGGAGUGCCUGGGCCUAACGUCCCGACCAGACGGGAGGUUCUCCUGCCUGGAGUGUACCAACGGCUCCCACAACUGUUUUUCCUGUAAGGACCCUGGAGGUGACAUGAUGCAAUGCCUGGUCAGUGGCUGUGGCCGCUUCUACCAUGAGACUUGUGCCCGCAGGCACCCUGGCACCUCCAUCGAGCCCAGAGGCCUCUCCUGUCCUCAGCACUGCUGUGCUACCUGCUGUCUGGAGAGAGACAUGCAGAAAGCCAGCAAAGGCCGCUUGAUGAGGUGUAUGCGCUGCCCCAUAGCCUAUCACACGGGUGAUGGCUGUAUAGCUGCCGGCAGUGUGAUGAUCACGCCCCAUGUUAUCGUGUGUAGCAACCAUUCCAGCUCCAAAAGGAAUGGACACUUAACCUCAUCAGUAAAUGUAGGCUGGUGUUUCGUCUGUGCCCGAGGGCUGUUAGUGCAGGACCAUACUGACAACAUAUUAAGUUCUUAUGCGUAUAAGUCGCACUACCUUCUGACUGAGUCAAAUCGCGCUGAGUUGAUGAAAUUACCUAUGAUUCCUUCUUCUUCGUCAGCUACCAAAAAGAAUAUUGGGAAAGGGGGAAGACUGCUGUGCUGCGAGUCGUGCCCUGCCUCCUUCCACCCAGAGUGCCUGAGCAUUGAGAUGCCGGAGGGGGCCUGGUGCUGCAGCGAGUGCAGGGCGGGGAAGAGGCCGCAUUACAAGCAGAUCGUCUGGGUCAAGCUGGGCAGUUACAGGUGGUGGCCCGCAGAAAUCUGUAACCCCCGCCUUGUCCCUUUCAACAUUCAAACACUGAAGCAUGACAUUGGUGAGUUCCCCGUCUUUUUCUUCGGCUCCCAUGACUACUACUGGAUCGGCCGGGGCCGCGUCUUCCCCUACGUGGAGAGCGACAAGAACUUUGCAGAGGGCCAAAUGGGCAUUAGCAAGACGUUCAAAAAAGCUCUUGAGGAGGCAGCCAAGCGCUUCCAGGAGCUGAAGGCACAGAGGGAAAGCCGGGAGGCUCUGGAGCAGGAGCGCAGCUCCCGCAGACCCCCGCCCUACAAGUUCAUCAAGUCCAACAAGCCCGUGGGAAAGGUGCAGGUGCACGUAGCGGACCUGUCAGAGAUCCCGCGCUGCAACUGCAAGCCGACGGGCGAGAACCCCUGCGGCCUGGACUCGCAGUGCCUCAAUCGUAUGCUGCAGUACGAGUGCCACUCGCAGGUGUGCCCUGCGGGCGAUCGCUGCCACAACCAGAGCUUCUCCCGCCGCCUCUACCCCGAGACAGAGGUCAUCAAGACCGAGGGCCGGGGCUGGGGUCUCAAGACCAAGCAGGACCUGAAGAAGGGGGAUUUUGUGUUGGAGUAUGUGGGUGAGCUGAUCGACUCGGAGGAAUGCAGACUGCGAAUCAAGCGUGCACAUGAAAGCCGCGUGACCAACUUCUAUAUGCUGACCCUAACCAAGGACCGCGUGAUUGACGCCGGCCCCAAAGGGAACUUUUCUCGCUUCAUGAACCACAGCUGCAGUCCCAACUGCGAGACGCAGAAGUGGACGGUGAAUGGGGACGUGCGGAUUGGCCUAUUUGCCCUGUGUGAUAUCAAGGCUGAAACUGAACUAACCUUCAACUACAACUUGGACUGCUUGGGCAACGGACGAACGUCCUGCCACUGUGGAGCCGAGAACUGCAGUGGCUUUCUAGGGGUGCGGCCCAAGAGCGCAGUGGUAAUGGAGAAGGAGGAGAAGGCCCGCAACGCCAAGCUGAAGCCCAAGAAGCGGAAGCUGAAGCCAGAGAGUAAGCAGAUACACGAGUACUUUUGCUUCUGCUGCGGAGAGGGUGGCGAGCUGGUCAUGUGCGAUAAGAAGGACUGCACCAAGGCGUACCACCUGCUGUGUCUCAACUUGACCAAGCCGCCGUUCGGCCGCUGGGAGUGCCCAUGGCACCAGUGCAGUGUGUGCCCGCGUGCCGCCUCGUCCUUCUGCCACUUCUGUCCCAGCUCCUUCUGUAAAGACCAUGAGCAAGGCAUGCUGGUGCCCUCCGCCCUGGAUGGGCGUCCCUGUUGCUCCGCCCACGACCCCCAGAGCCCCCUGGAGCCCCGGGCAGCAGAUCUCGGCCAAGUCAAGGUUAAAGAGGAGCCUCCGGAAGCAGGGGAGUGAGGGUCCCUCUCACUGUUCACCUGCAGAGCUGUGGAGGCCAGGCGGAAAUAGGGCAUCGUUUUCGUAUAAGAUGAGAGGGUGGAGCGUAAGCAUUGAAACUCGCAGUGAGGAAGGCGUCAAAAUACGUGACGUCUUAGACUCAGCCUUGGCGUGCAGGUCGUCAAAGAGAGGGGAACAAUUAGGAGUGUGUGGCAACUCUGAGCCUCUGGCAGUGCACAUUUACACAUUUUGAAUGACUUCUUUUUUUGGUUUUAUUACAGAGAAAAGCCAGGUGUCGUAUGUUGACCUUAAAUAGAAGUUUGCUUUAUGUUUUAGGCCUUGAUACGGUUUCCAUUCCACUACCUUACUGUGAAUCAUGGGAGUGCGUGCGGGUCACGUGAGCUGGCUGCACUGUGUCCGGGGGGCCUGAUGCCCGCCGGGCCGUGAGGGAGACCCCCCGUGGAAUCCGCUCCCCUCGUAGACACUCAGAGGGGCACUUCAGGAAGGGAGGGAAGAGACGGCAAACACAUUUGGGGACUGGGGCAUAAGAGAAGAAAUACUGUGCAAUCUAAGGAAAAAACACACUACAUUUCACAAUCAUGGCUGGGGUUACUGUUUUAAGGGUUCUUAGAGAGACUGCUCUCUCCGACGUCCGACGUGUUUGUUUACCAUGGGAUUAUUUUGAUAUAUUUAUAGAUGAAACAGUAUUUAUUUAUGUUUACACUCGCUUCCUGUCAGUCUUUCAGUUACAGGAGAUGCACCACAAUCUGUUUGUUUAGGUGAACGGUUUUACAGUGUUUGUGACCUUUUAAGAAUUGCAUUUCAGGUGAAUUAUGUUCACAUAUUACGUGUCGUGCUAAAAAUUGUCUUUCCAUGAAGUCAGCUUGAAGUUUGCCAAAUUCAAAUCCAUGUAGUAUUUGUCCCUAUUGGAAAAAAGCCCCUUGAGGUAUUAUGAAAUGGGUCCAUCAUGGGCAAGCGGAGCAUAAAAAGCUUUUUAAAUGAUUCCCUUUCCUGCUCCAUACAUUCGGCCGAUUGCUAAACCCUACAACCAACUUGGAUCAGAAUGUUAUAUGACUUUACUAUGAUCGUGAUUUUAAUACCCGGUCAAAAAAAGAAUUCAAGUAUUCUGGCAGUGCUUUGAGGAAAAUCAAUCUUCUGAUCUCUUGCUAAUAUUCCCCCCAUAUAUGUCUUAUAGAUGGGUAAAAGUAAAACAAAGAAUUUCCAGGAAGUGAAGUAGCUUUUUGUCUGUUUUUUUUCUUUCCAGCGAAGAUUACUGCAGGAUUUGCACAUUGUACCUCCAGACAACCUCAUUGCAUAGCUAUUAAAGGACUUACUUUAAUUCUGUAGAAUUAAAUUCUGUAAAGCUGUGAUGCACUGACACAGCCUCUUAUGCUAUCUUGAGUUGGCAAAUAUUUUACUAUCCCUCUCCGCAAACCCGCUGUGUCCAGCUGCAGUCUUCAAAUUUUUUGAAUGUUGAAUUGGACAGGAUUUAAAAGUUUACCAAAAUAUAUCCCUUAAUGCUACAUUUUGCAGUUCCAAACAUUAGAAUAUAUCUUGAAUACUUUGCCCUUAAGCGCUGAAACACUGCCGCUCCGCGUAUAGUGAUAAUUUCAUACUGUUAGAUUAGUUCACUCAGAUUAACUGCUUACCCAAAUACAGCAAAAAGCACCAUCUCCAUUCGAAGUGUUAAUAUGAGAUUUUGUUACAUUGUGAUGCCUUUCCGAUAUCGUGUGUAGAGUAUGUUACCCGAUGUUGACCUGUGUAUUGUACAUUAUUAUUUUUUAAUUUCCCCAGUGCCAUCUUUGUGUCUUUCUAUGCCUUGAAAUCUUUUUAAUCAAACGCAUAUCACAUAUUUUUCUCUUGUUUUCUCGCCCAUAAUCACAAUGUUUAGUUGUUUAGCACAUAAUAUUGAAAAAUGUAUUGGCUCGCACCCUUUUGUAUCUGUUUUUUAGAUGCAGUAUUUUUAAAACACUAAUAGAAAGAUGACUUUCUCGAUUAACCAAAACUAAAAAACGAUGUUUUUUCAUGAGCCUUAUAUUUUUGGCAGUUGUAACUUUUUUUUUUUUUAGUUGUGUGUGUGUGUGUGUGUGUGUGUGUGUGUGUGUGUGUUGCCGCUGAAAUAAGUACUCUUUCUAGGUGAGAUGUUCACCUUGCCUUGUUUAAUGCCUGUAUUAUGAUAGCAGUGGAACAUUUUAAGGUGAAACUGUGGUCUUGGAUGUGUUCAUCCUCUGUGUGAAUGCCUUGGCACUUUUAAUUUCUUUUUCAUACAACUGUAUCUGACUCCCCUUCCCCGGUACAUAAGUCAGCAUUUAUGUUUAUAAUACCACAAUUAUAUAAAUAAUUUUGGGAAACCUUUUUUUAUCCUAUCAUUGCAAUGUUUCUGAACAUGCUUGUAGGAAACAGGUCCAGCAAAUUUACAGUGGUCGCUGUAAACAUUUUUAUGUAAAGUCACUUUACUCGUUAGGAUGUUAGAUUUAUUUUUUUUUAUUCAUGUUUACUUGAAUUUUUGUUUAUUGUGCCUCUUAUUUAGCAGUGUAAUGUACUACAGUAAAUGUGAAAUUAAUGUCAAUUAGUGUAAUUAUUUUAUUGGUGUUGUUACAUAUGGGGGGUAACCGAUGUGGUUUCAAAGCCUGGUAAUUCAGAGGUGUCUUUUAUAACCUUAUGUUUCUCUUACCUUCAAAAAUCAUAAGACAUUUAAGUUUAUCCAUUGUAUGUCUUUACUUUUUAUUUUUGUAUAUUUUUAUUUAUAAAAUUGUAAUGCUUUCUGACCUAUUUUUACACAUAAAAUAGUGUGAAUGCACAUUAACUUAGUCUAAACACAUCCUUUGUUGGUUCUAUAUUUUAAAUGCACACACGCAUUCACGUGGAUUGUAAACGGCACUUUCAUCAUCUGGCCGGAGUGCACCGUAGUGAAUCACUUCAUGUCCAUCGUGGUGCAUUGUAUUUUAAAGCCCAUCACAGAUCCGCUUUCUGUAAAUGUCCAAAUGUAUAUUCUUUGAAAACAUUAAAGAAAUGUUUAUACAUGUAUCCUGUGUUGGUGGGUAGGAUUUAUUUAUUGUUGCAUAUAGGAUUUAUUAUUUUCUAAAGGGUUCUAAAGAAAAUGGUUAAUAUUCGUGCACAUUACACUGUGUAAAACCGGACAGGGACUUUCCAAACGCAAUGCACACGCACAAAGGAUUUUUUCCCGUACUGGCUGGGUGGCUCCGUGUGAUCCUAACCUUUUCAGCUUUGUCAAAUUAUGUGUAAUGUUGCUGCUGUUGACAAAUUCUGAUCACUUGAUUUUAAUUAUAUGCUCGGAAUAUUUUGGAAAAUAUCUGGAAUACUGGGUGAUGAGACUAAUAUAAAACUUUGACAACUCGUACGUAGUGAAACAUCCCUAGAACUUCUGCUAGGGAACCGUUUAUCUAUUGGCGUUAUAUUACACAUUUUAAGAAUGAGAUUAUAUAACAAUGGCAUUUUGUUCUAUUGCUCGGUUUGCUACUGCAUAACGUAAAAUAAUGAUGCUCGUUCGGAUUUGUACAUAACACAACACAUCUGUUAUGUAGUGCUUAUAUUGCCUGUAAUUUUGAGCUUCUGGGUGUGCAACUAUAGGACUUUGCCCCUGUUUUGUAUAUUACCGACCGCUCUGUCGUUCAUUUUAUUUAAAAUCAUUUUGGAAAAUGAAAUGUUAUGUUCCUCCCAGAGUUCGACCGAAAAGGUUUCAAAAUUACAUUCCUCAACUUUGAAAGGUUUCAGGCAUGCCUGAGUUCAAUAAAAUUGUACUGAACGUU